AAUUUUUUCCCCAUUUUUUUUAAUAAAUUAAUUAUUUUCUCCUCAGAAAACAAUGAGGAGAAAUUCCAAUUUUACCUUUAUUCUCUCACUUUUCCUUUUCACGGCGGCGGCGAUUUCGCCGGCCGUGCGAGGAAAGCACCCAUUCGCCUGCCGGCCGAGAGAUCCGGCGACCAAAACGCUGCCGUUUUGCCGGACGGACCUGAGGGUGGAGGAGAGGGCGAAGGAUCUGAUCGGACGGCUGACGCUUCAGGAGAAGGUGAAGCUGCUGGGGGACAAUGCCGCCGGCGUGCCGAGGCUGGGGAUCCGCCGGUACGAGUGGUGGUCGGAGGCACUCCACGGGGUGUCCAACGUCGGGCCGGGGACGAAGUUCGGCGGCGAGUUCCCCGGCGCCACCAGCUUCCCGCAGGUCAUCACCACCGCCGCCUCCUUCAAUGCGUCUCUGUGGGAGGAGAUUGGGAAGGUGGUGUCGGACGAGGCCCGAGCAAUGUACAACGGUGGGAUGGGUGGGCUUACUUACUGGAGCCCAAACGUGAACAUAUUCCGGGACCCGAGGUGGGGCCGGGGGCAGGAGACCCCCGGCGAGGAUCCGCUCGUCGCCGGCCGAUAUGCCGCCAGCUACGUCAGGGGGCUACAGGGCACGGACGCCGGCGGCCGGCUGAAGGUGGCGGCGUGCUGCAAGCACUACACGGCGUACGAUCUGGACAACUGGAGCGGGGUUGAUAGGUUCCACUUCAACGCAAAGGUUAGCAAGCAGGACAUUGAAGAUACAUUCGAUAUUCCCUUUAGAAGUUGUGUAAUGGAAGGCCAAGUAGCGAGUGUGAUGUGUUCUUACAAUCAAGUCAACGGCAUCCCCACUUGCGCUGACCCGAAGCUCCUCCGAGGAACAGUACGCGGUGCUUGGCGUUUGAAUGGGUAUAUCGUGUCCGAUUGUGACUCGGUGGGCGUGUUCUACGAUAAUCAGCAUUACACGUCGACACCAGAAGCAGCAGCUGCAGAUGCAAUAAGAGCAGGCUUGGAUUUGGAUUGUGGGCCUUUCCUUGCUGUACACAGCGAGAAUGCAGUACAAAGGGGGCUACUAAAGGAAGCCGAAAUCGACAAUGCAUUGUUCAAUACUAUCACCGUCCAAAUGAGACUUGGAAUGUUCGACGGGGAACAACCGGGCCAGCCUUAUGCCAAUCUCGGCCCAAAGGACAUCUGCACCCCGGCCCACCAAGAGCUGGCCCUUGAAGCAGCUAGACAGGGCCUCGUUUUACUCAAGAAUCACGGCCCAGUGCUUCCCCUUUCUCCUAGACGACACCAUCCUAUCGCCGUUAUUGGGCCUAAUUCAGAUGUCACUCUCACAAUGAUUGGAAAUUAUGCUGGUGUUGCUUGCGGAUACACGACUCCAUUGGAAGGAAUAAGACAGUACACGAGGGUGAUUCAUCAGCCGGGCUGUGCUGACGUGGCUUGUGCAAACGAUGCUUUAUUCGGUGGGGCCAUUGAAGCUGCCCGCCAAUCGGACGCCACUAUUAUGGUAAUGGGCUUGGACCAAUCUAUCGAGGCCGAAUUCAGAGACAGAUCCGGGCUCUUGCUGCCUGGGCGCCAGCAGGAGCUCAUCUCUAAAGUUGCUGCAGCCUCAAAAGUCCCCAUUGUUUUGGUCCUAAUGAGCGGUGGCCCAAUCGACGUGUCCUUUGCUAAAAAUGAUCCAAGAAUCGGAGCAAUUUUAUGGGCUGGUUAUCCGGGCCAGGCUGGCGGGUCCGCCAUUGCUGAUGUCCUUUUCGGAACUCACAAUCCGGGUAAACGAAAAAACAUCAACUAACCCAUCCAUAGACCUCAAUCUCCCGAUGACCGCUAUGGAAAUGAGAUCAAACCUGGCACGAAGCUACCCGGGAAGAACCUACCGAUUCUACAAAGGGCCCGUCGUGUACCCGUUCGGGCACGGAAUGAGCUACACGACCUUCGUCCAAACCAUAACUGAAGCUCCGAAAGUCGUGCCCGUCCCCAUAGACGGGCACCGCGGGCCCAAUUACUCCACGUUAAGAAAUGGGUCCAACACUUGGGUCCGGGUGACCCACGCCCGAUGCAGGGGGCUCUCAUUGGGCCUGACCGUGGACGUGAGGAACACGGGCCCAAGGGACGGGGCCCACACGGUGCUAGUGUACUCGAGCCCGCCCGGCGGGCAGGAGGUCCCGCACAAGCAGCUUGUGGCGUUCGAGAAGGUGUGGGUUAGGGCAGGCGGGCAGGCGAGGGUUGAGGUGAGGGUUCACGUGUGUAAGUAUAUGAGCGUGGUGGAUAGGGCGGGGGUGCGGAGGAUUCCGAUGGGGGAGCAUGGGCUGUAUGUUGGGGAUGUCAGGCAUUCUGUUUCAUUGCAGGCUCAGAUUCUUGGGGUGAUUAGGUUCUGAAUUCUGAUGAUGGGAUAUAUAAUAUAGUCUUUUUUCUUUUCUUUUUUUUUUUUCCUAAUUCUGUUGCAAAUGAGAAUUCUGUAUAAGUGAGGCCAUCAACCAUAUGGGAAAAAAUGGAGGGGCCUUCCAAGAGGGUUGUUAUUUCUGUUUUGCUGCCUCUUGGUUUCAAUGUAUUGUGGACUUUAUGUAUUGGGCUCAGAUGAUAAAUUAGCAGGCUGGCCCAGUAUCUUAAUUUUUCAAUUUGAAUCAUCUCUG